AUGCCUGAGCUUAGCGAGGCGGACACAAUCCGCAUCCUCGUUGCGACCGACAAUCAUGUCGGCUACGAAGAACGAGAUCCCAUCCGCAAGGAUGACAGUUGGCAAACUUUUGACGAGAUCUUGAAUCUUGCCCGCACUGAAGAUGUCGACAUGGUUCUUCUCGCCGGUGAUCUCUUCCACGACAACAAACCCUCCCGAAAGUCCCUUUACCAAGUUAUGCGUACUCUCCGACAAAACUGCUUAGGCAUGAAGCCUUGUCCGCUGGAGUUUCUUUCCGAUGCUGCAUCUGUGUUCGAAGGCGCUUUCCCACACGUCAAUUACGAAGAUCCCGAUAUCAACGUUUCGAUUCCUGUCUUCUCCAUCCACGGCAAUCACGACGAUCCUUCCGGUGAAGGCAACUUUUGUUCACUCGAUUUAUUACAAGCAAGUGGAUUGCUGAACUACUACGGCCGAGUGCCUGAGGCGGACAAUAUCGAGGCCAAGCCAAUUCUACUACAGAAGGGUCUUACAAAACUGGCACUGUUUGGAAUAAGCAAUGUUCGAGACGAGCGAAUGUUUCGAACUUUUCGAGAUCACAAAGUCAAGUGGUUCCGACCAGGCGCUCAAAUGGGUGACUGGUUUAAUCUCUUGGCUGUUCACCAGAAUCACCACGCACAUACAGCCACAUCCUAUCUCCCUGAGAAUGUCUUACCAGAUUGGUUGGAUCUGGUGGUUUGGGGUCACGAACACGAAUGUUUAAUCGAUCCUACACAGAACCCCGAGACAGGCUUCCAUGUUAUGCAACCUGGUUCCUCGGUCGCAACUUCAUUGGUGCCUGGUGAGGCUGUCCAGAAGCAUGUCGCUAUUGUAAGUGUGACAGGCAAGGACUUCAAGGUUGACAAGCUUCCACUCAAGAGCGUACGCCCAUUUGUCACACGGGAACUCAAUCUUGCCCAAGAUAAACGGUUCAAGGGUCUUGACAAAAAGAAGGACAACCGUCAAGAGGUGACCCGCAGAUUGAUGGAAGUAGUCGAGGAGAUGAUUGAAGAGGCCAAUGCAGACUGGGAGGCGAUUCAAACAGACGAAGAAGCUCUAGAGGAACGACCCCUCCCACUGAUCCGUCUCAAGGUGGAGUACACAGCACAAGAUGGUGGUCAGUUCGAGAUCGAGAACCCUCAGAGAUUCUCUAAUCGAUUCGUCGGCAAAGUGGCUAACACGAAUGAUGUGGUCUACUUUUACCGCAAAAAGACAUCACAGCGCAAGACAAACGCUGCCAACCCAACGGAAGCUCUUGAGGCGCUUGAAGGUGCUGACGACAUGGUCAAGGUCGAGAAUUUGGUUCAAGACUUUUUAUCAGCACAGUCGCUCAAGGUCCUGCCCCAAGGACCUUUUGGUGAUGCCGUGACCCAGUUCGUGACAAAGGAUGACAAGCAUGCGAUGGAACUAUUCGUGUCAGAACACCUAACAGGCCAGGUACGAUCCAUGUUGGGUCUCGAAUCAGACGAUGAGGAUCUGAACAGCGCCAUGGACAUUUACCGCACAAGAAUUGAGCAGCAACAGGCUAGUGGCGCAAACGUUGCUCCAACAGAGAGAAAGAGAGUUCUCAAGCCCAAGCCUGCAACCUGGGACAGCGAUUUUGAUGGCGCUUGGGAAGAGGAGGCAGAUGCCUGGACAUAUGAGGAUGAGCAACAGGCUGAAAACACGCCCGCACCCGCGCCCGCCCCUGCUAAGAAGACAGCACGAGGAAAGGGGAAGGCAGCGCAACAAGACGCAGACUUGAUGGAUGAAGACGAACCACCUGCCAAAAAACCAGCAGCCAAACGAGCAACGCGCACUACAAAAGCAGCACCGGCCAAGAAGGCACCCGCAAAAGGUCGAGGCCGUAAGGCAUUUGUGAGUAGUGAGGAAGAGGAAGAAGAGGAGGAUGUGGUAAUGGAAUCAGAAGAUGAACCAGCUCCUCCACCGCCAAAGACGCGACGAGCUGCUGCAACGAAGAGCACUGCCAAAACUCCUGCAAAGACUCCGGCUGCCAAACCAGCAGCUAAGAGCACACGACAGACCAAGUUGAACUUUUCACAAUCUCAGAAGAGCGGUACACAGAGUAAAGCGGUUGAGAUUAGCGACGAUGAGAUUUCAGAUGAUGAUGCAUUUGAGCCAGCGCCGGCUCCAGCACCCCGUACUCGCAGGAGAUAG